GCAGAGCACGGCGUGACGCGGUUGUAUUAGCUGUUAUCAUAGUCUGCUCCUCUCAUUGUAGUCGCUCAUCUUUACUAUGUGCUGUUUGUUAUCACUGGUUGUAGUGUCCGCUGUGUUAUUCUUAUCUCAAUCUCAGGGAGCUCCCUCAAUCGCCGAGGAGCCGAGACUAGACUGGCAACAGAUCCUGCAGGAUGUGAGCAAGUCCUCAAGCCUGGCACAGGUGCUGUCAGAGUACCUGGCGGACAUUGAGACAGUGGAGGCGGCGACGUCAAGGUGCUCCAAGGGCCACAGGAAUAAACAUCUCAGUGCGUACAGACACCUGGAGGAGUUGCUGCGGCAGUGUGAGGGCAGCAGCGGCCAACAGAGAGAGGCGCUGAUCCGCUGUGUGGAGGAGGGUACCGAGGGAAUGGUCAGCGAUGUGCGGCAGCGAAUCAACGAGCUAAAGACCUGCGUAGAUUCCGUAGGGUGAUGUACAAGAGAUGAGACGAUAACAUUAUCUAUAAAUAGAAUAUGUGAUUCUGUUAUUAGAAAGAGUGUGCGAUCUCAAAACGGAUUACCAUUGAGAAAGCUGUUUACUUAUAUAUUAAAUAUAAACUUAAUAUUGGCCACUUGAUUUAAUGUAAUUUAUUAAAGAAAUAUUAUAGUAUUAUAAGGCAAUUUAUUAUUGAAAGUAACUCUAAAUGAAUGAUGAAAUGAAAUGAUAAAUGAAAUGAAAUGAUAAAUGGAAUGAUAAAUGAAAGUUUUCUUCAUAUGAGGUAUUUAUAACAAUAAUUAUACUUCUGAAAUAGUACAACUAAUUAUUAUUUUGUUAAGUAUUUCCUGCCAUGGAUAACUAUAUGUUUAAGAUUAUGAACAUGCCAACUAUCAGCACAUAUUAUGUGUUAAAAUGCCUAUAAAUUGUUUUAUAUUAUUGGAUUGAUACCUUAAAUACUAGAAGUAUGUUUUAAAAAUAUUGUAGUAAUUUGUAUACACUGUACACAUACUAUAUUUUCAUAAAUUCAACUCAUAUAAAACAUUAGACUAGCCAACUUUGAUUUAUAUUUGAAAUGUUGUGCACAACGACUGCUAGUGUUCUAGGUAGCAGACAACUAAGACUGUUUUACAAUCGGGACUCAUUGACUCCAUCGUUAAGGAAGAAUGAGGUUUAAGAAUAUGUAAUUGUGUAUUUUCUGGAAACCGUUCGUGAAAACAACAAAAAGUUUUAUUUUGAGGUAUCAACAGUAUAUUUUCCUCUAUAACAGCAGUUCCAUUUAGUAAAAUAGAUUAUAUGUUAAUUAUAUUACACAAUUUUAUCACCAAAGUUCAUUAUGUUAUCGAUAUGUAAUUCUGUUGUUUAUAAAAAUCAAAUAAUUCUUA